AUGACUGGCACAAAUGAGAUCAUCAAGAUACAUGUGAUGCCCCAACGCUGCGCGGUCUCUCCGACGCAAGACUGUCGCGGCCCGGAUUUGGUUUGUGGACAGCAAAACAUUCAGUCUCAGCAAAAAAAUGCCAAAAAACAGGCUGGACAAAAGAAGACACAAGGACAUGACCAAAAGGCUGCUGCCAAAGCUGCCUUAAUAUAUACCUGCACUGUCUGUAGGACACAAAUGCCAGACCCUAAGACCUUCAAGCUGCACUUUGAGAGCAAGCAUCCUAAGACUCCACUUCCUCCAGAAUUGGCUGAUGUUCAGGCAUAAAGUUGUUUACAGGUGAAUUCAUGACACCUUUGACUCUUCUACUGUCU